AUGGCUGUUCGGGCUUCCUUCGAGAACAACAAUGAGAUCGGCUGCUUCGCCAAGUUGACCAACACCUACUGCCUGGUGGCUAUAGGAGGCUCGGAGAACUUCUACAGUGUGUUUGAAGGGGAGCUUUCAGAGACGAUACCUGUUGUCCAUGCAUCAAUAGCAGGGUGCAGAAUUAUCGGAAGGAUGUGCGUAGGAAAUCGUAAUGGCCUUCUAGUUCCAAAUAACACAACAGACCAGGAGCUCCAAAAUAUAAGAAACAGUUUGCCAGAAUCUGUCCGGAUCCAGCGGGUGGAGGAGAGGCUGUCUGCCUUGGGGAAUGUGAUAGCUUGUAAUGACUAUGUAGCUCUGGUUCACCCUGACCUUGACAGGGAGACCGAAGAGAUUUUGGCAGAUGUGCUGAAAGUAGAGGUGUUUAGACAGACCGUUGCCGAUCAAGUGCUGGUUGGAAGUUACUGUGCUUUCAGCAAUCAAGGAGGCUUGGUGCACCCUAAAACAUCAAUAGAAGACCAGGAUGAGUUGUCAUCUCUUCUCCAGGUCCCUCUUGUGGCUGGAACAGUGAAUCGAGGUAGUGAAGUGAUUGCAGCAGGAAUGGUUGUCAAUGACUGGUGUGCUUUCUGUGGCCUGGACACAACCAGUACAGAGCUGUCAGUCAUAGAAAGUGUAUUCAAAUUAAGCGAUGCCCAGCCAAGCACUAUUGCCACCAGUAUGAGAGACUCCCUCAUUGACAGGUAUGUUCAUUGUAUGUUAUGCAGUCUAUAUAUAUAG